AUGCAAGUCGGUCCCAUUUUCCAGCUUCUUCUGGUAGCAGUGGCAACCACUACCACUGCGAUUUCAAGAAGCCACAAAUUUUAUCUUGACAGCGAUGCACCCUGGGAAGCUCGUAUUCGUAAGCCUCGUUCAUCCGAUCUCGAAUUCGACUCUGAAGCAUCGACCGAACCCAGUGGAGACGCCCAUGAGGGGCGGGCAUUGUACGACCUGAUGCGUGAGCUGCAUGAGGCAAAAAUGCUCCAAAAGGCAGCUGAAGUUGAAGACCUCUACGCCAAAAUCCUUCUUGGGAAGGCUAAAAGUGCUUUUGUUACAGCCGCAACGCUCCAACAUAAAGCCAAUGAACUUAUGGGUACGCCAUCGACGGCAUUGUUAAGUGACCAUACCAAAAAGGAGAAGAAGAGGCAGGGGCAAAAGCAAGGAGAGGAUGGAGGUGAGAGUGAAGGUGAGGAGUACGAGAAAGCACGUGACCGGUUGGCAUUUUUCUCACGCAAUUCGCAUCGCACUCCAUUUGUUAGGCCGCUGCCCCGCGUAGUUCAUGCUCAAACCGCUGAAAUCUCACCAACGGCUCGUGAACUCUACCAAUUGGGACUGCUGAGUGACUAUCUGAACGGACGUAGGGGCAAAGUGCCGCAAAUGGGCACUUACGAGGAGGAUGAAGAAGAUGAUGACGGAGAGGGGGAGGAGGAGCAGGAGGAGCUAGGGCCUCCAGCUUAUUUGGCCGGCCCAUUUAGACGAAGGGGCAUCCCAGAACAGGACGACCUUCAAGAAUUUCUUGCGAGAUUUCAUAAGCAUGCACAAGCCGCAAGAGAUAAGGAGUUGAUUCAUCGUGAGUUUUCUAUUAUGAAUUUUAUAAAGGCCUGUAACAAUUUGAAAAUAAUAUUUGAACUUACCAGAAACGGAAAAUUUGCAGAUCUGUAA